AUGCUGCGCAGCCUGCUGCGCCGGAGCAUCGAUGUCAGCAUCUCCCAGCACCGGGUGGCGACGUUGACCAUGAGCCGAGCGCCGGUCAAUGCAUUCAACAAAGCGUUGCUACAGACCCUCCGUGCUGCUCUUCAAGAUGUCCAGCACGAAGCCAAGGCGGUUGUCCUGACCAGCGAUCUGAAGUGCUUCUGCGGUGGUUUAGACCUGACAACCUUUACGCAACCGCGAGCAGAGCUGUUUAGUUUCUGGACUGAGAUGGAGGAGACGUGGCGAUCUCUGUACCUGUAUCCCUUGCCUACAGUUGCGGCCAUCAACGGUUCCAGCCCUGCGUGGGGUUGCGUGAUGGCCCUCAGCUGCGAUCACCGGAUCAUGGUCUCCAAUGACCGCGCCAUCAUCGGCUUGAACGAGGCUGCCAUAGGAGUGCAGCCAUCGCGGUGGAUGCAGGCCUUGCUGGAGCGUGUUGUGGGCUACCGCGAGGCCGAAAGGUUGCUGCUGCAGGGGCAGCUGCUCGGUGCUCCACACGCAGCACAGCUAGGACUUGUAGAUGAGCUUUGCGAAGCUCAAGACUUGCACGAGCUGGCAACGCAGCGAGCACUGCACCUGGCAUCAACGCCUCCUGCGGCCUACGCUGCUUGCAAGCGAAACUUUCGGAAUUGGGUCUGCGAGCUCUCUGGGCCACAGAGUGUUGAAGCAAAGGUGAGCGCUGUCCUGCGUGAUGAGUGCCAGAAUGCUGUCAAAGCACAGCUGGAAAGGCACUUCGAGAUUGAGGCCUGCAACGGUAUGUUACGCAUGUUGUCACCGCAUGGAGAGUCUGUCAUCCGUGUGCAGGUUAUGGCGUAUCUGUGGAAUGCACUGCGGGAGGAGAUUACAGGCACCAUCGACGACUUCCGUGAGAAGGGAGCCUGGGGAGCACUGAAGGAUGCCACCUUGGAUGCAGUGGACCUGGUUCAGGAUGCAGGAGGCGUUCUCGUUAACGGCACCGCACAGCUGCUCUCCCUUGAACGGCCCUUGCUGCGCAUCGAGCCCGAUGGUCGGGCGCCGGAGUCGGGCGAUGAGGUGCAGAUCAGCCUGUCAAAUGGUCAGCCACCAGUCAUGGCCAAAGUUUAUGCCGUGGACAGCAUCUCCGAGCCUCCGAGAGCGCGUGUGAUGCGCAUGGACACCGGCGAGGAGGUGCUUGUGGACAUCGUGCGAGCGCACUCGGACGUGAUCCCAAAGCAGCCGGUGUCGUGGGUUGUGGAUGAAGUUGGAAGGGCAGUGGUGGAAGUUCGAGAGAAAGGUCCGGGUGUCUUGAAGGAUGGUGUUCUGGACACGGUGGAUAUCGUCAAGGAAGGCGCCACCGUGGCCUUGACGGGCGCGCAGCGUUGCAUCGCCACGCUGCGAGGUGAUGCCGUUUCCGCUGAGCCGCUGGCACCCUGCAACCCUUCCCUGGAGCCCUUCUGA